AUGUGGCGGCUGAGUUGCAGCAUCAAUCCCAAAUGCUUUCCUGAUGGAGUUUCCUCUUCUGUCAGCUCAGUGAAGAAGGGAUCAGGUGGAGGAGUGAAGGGGAAGAGGAGGGUGUUCUUCUCGCUGCGCUGUCGCAUGGGAGUCAUCAAAGGAAGAGUGAAAGAUGAUGGCCCUUAUUCAAAAGGGAAUAAAGACUGUGCAGCCAACGACAGCAGUGUGGUCUCAAAGAGACGCAGCAUUCCAGAUGAGAUUCGAGGUCUAACCACAGUAGAGCUGAUAAAGAGAGAAGGCUCCAGUCUCGGACUCACUAUCUCUGGAGGCUCGGACAAAGAUGGCAAGCCUCGAGUGUCAAACCUUCGACCAGGAGGCCUGGCAGCCAGGAGUGACCAGCUGAACAUGGGCGACUACAUCAAGUCAGUGAACGGCAUCAACCUGUCCAAGCUACGGCAUGACGAGAUCAUUAGCAUGCUGAAGAACAUUGGAGAGAGGGUGGUGCUGGAGGUCGAGUACGAGCUGCCUCCUCUCGCUCCCAGAAGUCCGAGCAGCAUCAUCUCCAAAACCAUCGAGGUGUGUUUGGAAAAAGAAGGCAACAGUUUUGGCUUCGUGCUCCGAGGUGGGUUUCAUGAGGACUGGCAUAAGGCUCGUCCUCUAGUGGUGACCUAUGUUAGACCCGGGGGUCCUGCGGACAGGGAGGGGACUCUGCGUGUCGGGGAUCGGGUAUUGAGUGUCAACGGUGUUGCUUUAAACCGACGGAAACAUGCCGAUGCUCUCACUCUGCUCAUGCAGAGCAGUCAGGAAGCUUAUUUCCUCAUUGAGUAUGACAUCAAGGUUAUGGAGUCAGUGCAGCAGUCUUCAGGUCCCCUGCAGGUGGAGAUCAUGAAGAGUGCAGGUUCUGUACUGGGACUGAGCCUCACUACUGCCCUCUACAGGAACAAACACGUCGUUACCAUCCAGAAAAUCAAACCUGCCAGUGUCGCAGAGAGGUGUGGUGCUCUACAUGUAGGUGAUAUUCUCUUGGCUAUAGAUGGCAUGAGCACUGAGCACUGCUCUUUAAUGGAAGCUCAGCAGCUGCUGGCCAACUCCUCAGAGGUCACCAAACUCGAGAUCCUGCCUUCUCCACAUAGCCUACAUGACACGGUGCGUGUCCAGAGGAGCAGCCAGCGUCAGUGGGAAUCUGGUGUGAACUACCUCAGUGCCCCUGCACCCACCCACAGCAAAACCCCAUCAACCUGGAGCAACACCACCCCUUCACCCUCCCGCUGCACACGUGAGUCAUCAGGCAGCUCGUCUCAGACAUCAGGCUUUCACAGCGCUAAGAGCGGUUCUGUGUAUCCAAGCCCAAACCCCUGCAGUACUCUGCCUUCGUACCCCUCGAGCCCACGCAGCACCGCCAGCAGGAGGAAACCCAGGAGAGCCGAGCACAAGAGCUCAUUGUCCCUCUCCAGCACGGUGGGUGUUGGUGGUCAGGUGGUGCACAUUGAGAAUAACGAGGUGGUGCUGAGAGGAGACCCGCUCACGGGCUUCGGCCUGCAGCUCCAGGGAGGAGUGUUUGCCACAGAGCCUCUGUCUGCACCCGCCUGUAUCCGGUUCAUAGAGCCAGACUCACCUGCUGAAAGGUGUGGAGUGCUGCAGGUUGGAGACAGAAUCUUGUCUAUAAAUGGAAUCCCAACUGAUGAUGGAACGCUCGAGGAGGCCAAUCAGCUUCUUCGAGAUGCCGCACUGUCCAAUCAGGUCACUCUAGAAGUCGAGUUUGAUGUUGCAGAAUCUGUAAUCCCGAGCAGUGGUACGUUUCACGUGAAGCUGCCCAAGAGGCGUGGGGUGGAGGUGGGCAUUACUAUCAGUGCCAGUAAGAAGCCAGGCCGGCCUCUGAUCAUCUCUGAGAUAAAGAGAGGGAGUAUCGCUCACAGAACAGGUACACUGGAGCCUGGUGAUCGUUUGCUAGGUAUAGACAAUGUAAAACUCGAGAACUGUGAAAUUGACGAGGCGAUGGAGGUCCUCCAGCAGGCUGAGGACAUGGUCCGACUGCGCAUUCAGAAAGAUGAGGACAACUUGGACGAGCUGGAGUCAUCCGGCUCUGUGAUUUUCACUGUGGAGCUGAAGAGACAUGGAGGUCCUCUGGGAAUCACCAUUUCUGGCACUGAGGAGCCCUUUAACCCCAUCCUUAUCUCCAGUCUGACCCGUAACGGUCUCGCACACAGGACCGGGGCUCUUCAUGUUGGUGACCGUGUGUUGGCCAUUAAUCAUGUGAGUCUAAAGGGGAAGCCGCUGAGUGAAGCCAUCCAUCUGCUGCAGACUGCUGGAGAUGCUGUGACACUCAAGAUCAAAAAACGAACUGAGCCUGUGUUCGAGUCAGACUCUGGCAGCCCCCUGAGGGCGAGAGCUUGUCUGAGUGACACUGAAGACAACCACUCUGAUUCGCUCAGGCGAUGUAAACGAUCUGGUCUUCGUCAACCAGCCACGCCCCCCAGCCUGGACUUGGCCAUGGACUUGUGGGAUGGCUCCGCCCACAAUGCCAAAUAUGGGGGUCAAGGUGAGGGACGAGCAUUGAUGAUGAUCUGAUCUGAUCUCAUUAUCUCUAGCCUAUGGUGGGCCUACAUCCAUCGGACGUCUGAUCUGACCGUCCACCCUAAUGAGUGGAGACCAACUAAUCAAAGGAGCCCACUGGCCUCCAGAAGACACGCCCACCAAGCUGCAGUGCAAGAUGGGAAAUUGGUAGAGGAAGACAAGAAAUACCAUGGAUCCGUUAGCCCCAUGCGUUGCCGUGGCAACACUGAUACCCAGGAGAGCUACUGGUCGCAAGCCCUGCAGGACCUGGAGACGUGCGGCCAAUCAGAAAUUCUCAGAGAGCUGGAGGCCACCAUGAUGUCAGGCAGCACGCUGAGUUUUGGGGACGAGAGCGAGGUCUGUAACGACGGUGAACUCAAACCUCCAGCACUGGAACUGAAGCAGUGCUGGGAUUGCUGCACAGAAACCGAGCUAAAUGACUCGAACACCACCGUGCCCUUAGAGCUACAUAAGAUCUGUGUGUUGAAGGAUAAAGAGAGCCUGGAUUUUGGCUUCAGUGUGUCUGAUGGCUUACUGGAGAAGGGUGUGUUUGUGAACAUGAUCCGUCCAGAUGGUCCUGCAGAUCAGGCAGGGUUACAGCCAUACGACCGCAUUCUUCAGGUGAAUCAUGUUCGCACGCGAGACUUUGACUGCUGCUUAGCUGUUCCUCUGAUUACCGAGGCAGGAGAUCAGCUUCAGCUUGUUAUCAGCAGGAACCCUCUCGUACAGGCUCCUCAGUGGUCCCCUGAAGACAGUCAGGACCCCUCGGACAUACUUCCUACUGUCAGUGUCCACAGCCCCAAAAAGACAGAACUCGGGCCUGAGAUGGUGCCACUGAGCGGCGGUUUACUGUAG